AUGCCGGGCGGCCUCUUGCAGGGUGUGUGUCCGCGAUGGCGCCGCUUCGUUCCCUAGAUGGUGCUUAACCUAAGCCACAACCCGAGGAGUCUUCCAUACAUUCCAGAGGAAUCCAAAGACAUUAUCUCAGGUGAAGAUGAACUAGGAAUGUUACUGAAGGUCUGGUUCAAAGUCUCUGUCUUCUGGUACACCAUCAAUAGUGGACCCUCACUGAAGCUUCUCUCAGAUAUCCUGCUGUUGCCACAAGUCAAGGAGGUCCUGCAGCUGCGGUUCAGCAGGACCAAUCGCUCCAUGCGCUCCAGCAGGACUGCCGUAAACAAUCACGUACUUCCAGAACAUGUUGAGUCAAAAUAUCAACACCUACUGUGAGUUCAGCAAUAAAGGAUGAAAGUGCUUAACAAUAGACUGGAAUAGCAAAGUAUCAUUCAACCAGAAGACAUGCUUUUUAAGACUUGGGUUUCAGGGGGCCGGGCGAAGAGUUGUCCUGUCACUAAAGGACUGGUACCAAAAGGGGCGGUUGUGUCUAUGUAUUCUGGUACAGUAUAUCAGAAGUAUGAGCCAAUUCUUCCCAUUGGAAAUCCAUUUAGCUUUAGAUGCUUGGAUAGGAUAUACAUUGAUGAAAAUGACAAAGUAGUAUCAAAAAUUGUAUUCCAAUAAUAUCCAUAUUCAAAUUCAACAGACCAACUCGGCCCUUUAAGAAUGAGUGACGGUACAGGGCCGACAUCAGAAAUUACCAAUCCACUGGCUAUAGGACAGGAUGUAAGCAGUCCUUCAGACCCUAAGUUGGCAUAA